GGGACGCUUCCUCAACAACAUCUCGUCAGUCACCUCGGCAGCUUCCGAGCGGAAACGUUCAAGCUGUUCAGACUGCUUCGGUCUAUAUUUACUUCUGUAUUUGGAACAUAAUUCUGUCUUUUAACUAGUUUCCCCAUUUCAUGUCAUAUUUCCGUUUAGUCAGGUAACGGUAGCUGACUUAAUAAAUGAGCCUAUCACUAGGCUAGUCGCCCCGAACAUGAGCUCAGCAAGCUGCUGCCCUCCUGCUAAAAAAGAGGUCUGCUGGAAGGAGAAAGAAGGUAUUUGGCUGAACGUUGUCGUGAAAGAGGAGAAUGAAGAGGAGGAUGUCACAGUAAACGAAGAAGUAGAGGGUGAGGCUGUUAUACAGAAAGAAGAGGAAGAAAACGAUUAUACUUUUUCUGGAGUGAAUGAAGGAGAGAUAACUGUCAUAUUGAAGGAGGAGGAGAGGAAAGAAGAGGAGGAGACAGAAGAUCUGAGUAACACCAGAGAGAGACCAGACUCUCCUUCUGACCGCAGGAAGAGUCCUUCAGGGAAACCAGACCCCGAGACGUCCAAACCAGCAGGACGACAUCACUGCUCCCAGUGUGGAAAGAGUUUUACUCAGUUAGGGAGCCUGAGAACACAUAAGAGAAUACACACUGGAGAGAAGCCUUACCACUGUUCCCAAUGUGGAAUGACGUUUACCCAGUUAGGGAGCCUGCAAACACAUGAGAGGGGACACACAGGGGAAAAGCUUUUCCAAUGUUCCCAUUGUGGAAAGAGUUUUGGCCAGGUAGGAAACCUGAACAAGCAUGAGAGGACACACACAGGUAAGAAGAUGUACCGCUGCUCCCAGUGUGGAGAGAGAUUUACCCGGUUAAGGUACCUGAAAGAGCAUGAAAGAAUACAUACAAAUACACAGGAGGAGAAGACAUACCACUGCUCUCAUUGUGGAAAGACAUUUUCCCAGUCAGAGAACCUGAAAACACAUGAGAGAAUCGAGAGGCUGUGUUCUGACUUGUGUUUCUGACUGAGAAUGUGUGUGUUUGUUUGGGCUGUCAGACUUGAGUUCACUUUGUGUAAUGUUAGUGCACUAUUUUUAAUUGUGAUUAAUCCAUUGUCUGAAAGGGUUAAAAACACACUGAAAACAUCCCAAAUACAUCCUAUAUACAGCUAAAAUCUACAAUGCCAUGUAAACACAAGAUGACAUUGAGGUUAAAUAAAGUGUGAUUUAUCAAUGGAACAUAUUUUGACACGUCCACUGUGUGUCUCUGUAGAGUCAUAAUAUCCACAACAACUAGAGGUCAAACAGGGAGAUGGUUCCAUUCAUUUUCCCCACAGGGCUGUUUUGUUUAGACUCACCCUGGUCUGAUGUUUUCAUAACCAUGUAAACCUCUCUGGGAUGAGGUGACUGAGGACACAGUGUGUUGUGAAUUUAUUGUCAUGUUUUUAAAAUGGUAUAACUGCCUUUAUUUUUGCUGGACCCCAGGAAGAGUAGCUGCUGCCUUGGCAGGAACUAAUGGGGAUUGGUGGAGUGCUAAUGGUGGAGUGCUGCAGAGAUGGUUGUCCUUCUGGAAGGUUCUCCCGUCUCCACAGAGGAAAUCUGGAUCUCUGUCAGAAUGAACAUCGGGUUCUUGUUCACCUCCCUGGCCAAGGCCCUUCUCCCCCGAUUUCUCAGUUUGGCCGGGCGGCCAGCUCUAGAAAGAGUAUUGGUGUUUCCAAACUUCUUCCAUUUAAGAAUGAUGGUGGCCAUUUUGUUCAUGGGGAACGUCAAUGCUGCAGACAUUUUUGGUACCUUUCCCCAGAUCUGUGCCUCGACACAAUCCUGUCUUAAAUCUCUACGGACAAUUCCUUUGACCUCAUGGCUUGGUUUUUGCUCUGACAUGCACUGUAAACUGUGGGACCUUAUAUAGACAGUUGUGUGCCUUUCCAAAUCAUGUCUAAUUUAUUGAAUUUACCACAGGUGGACUCCAAGUUGUAGAAACAUCUCAAGGAUGAUCAAUGGAAUCAGGAUGCAUCUGAGCUCAAUUUUGAGUCUCAUAGCAAAGGGUCUGAAUACUUAAGUAAAUACAUUUGCAAAAAUUUCAAAUCUGUUUUUGGUUUGUUAUUAUGGGGUUUUGUGUGUAGAUUGAUGAGGGGAAAAACAUAUUCAAUUUUAUAAUGAAGCUGUAACGUAACUAAAUGUGGAAUAAGUGAAGGGGUCUGAAUACUUAAUGAAUACACUGUCUACCACUGGAAGAGGUUUCUAUCAUUGGCAGUUUUGUACACAGUCAGGUGAUACGUGGUAUAGAAAGUCCAAUCUUAGGAGAGAACAUGGAAGGCACUAUACUGUGUGUCUGCAGGUGUCUAUCAGGUCAAAACCACUGAUACAGGUGCCCUCUGGUGGGAUGGAUCAUGUCUACAGAGGAACCUACAUUCAAAUACUUAGAUGUGUGUGUAUUGGGUAUAUGUUGUGCAAUUAUUAGAUAUUACUCGUUAGAUAUUACUACACUGUCGGAGCUAGAAACACAAGCAUUUUGCUACACCUGCAAUAACAUUUGCUAAACACGUCUAUGUGACCAAUAAAAUGUGAUUUCAUUUUGAUUUGAAAUAAACAUCCUAUUUAUCAAAGGUGUUUUUGGCUGGAGUCAAAAUGACUCCUAAGGAUUUUAAUUCGUUAAAAGUCCACAUUGAUACAGAAACACUAAACCAGGAUUUAGAUUUAUUGAGAACAAGUUGAUUGACAAAGUCAUGAAAUAUUGGAUGAAUUGAACAAACCACAUUUUGGCUGUGAUAAAAGAUAUGCCUCUGGGGUCAUAAUGAUCCAUGUCAGAACUAUGGUUCAAUGUAAAUAUGUAGUGGGUCUAAAGUUUGUUUUAAAUUAUCACUCAUUAAAAACGAAUCAAUCAACACAUGCUUUUCUUUGAACGACUUAAUAUGAUAAUCAACUUUAAUGAAAUAAAUUAAAAAUAAACUUUUGGUUCCUCAACUGCGUUGCCCCUCCAGUCAGCAGAUGGCGAUGUGCGUCUUUUCCGUUCAGGCGACGCUGCCAGUGUGACGUAUAAUCUAGUGGACGGGACGCUCCUUCAACAACAACAGACACCUCGGUAACUUUAUAGCAAACAGAGCUACAACAUUCACUCUCUUUACACUGUUUUGGUGUACGUUAGUCGCUGUGUAUUAAACACACUUCUGUCGUAUGUACGUGUUGGCCUAUUUAAUUAUAUAAAUAUGUUGUUUGUCAGCUAGCUGGUUUGCUAAAUUAGCUUAGAACAAGGCUAGUUGCUAAUGCUAGCUAGCGAACAUCUCCGACCAUGAGUUCACUAAGCUGCUCUCCUCCUGCUAAAGAAGAGGAGGUCUUCUGGACGGAGAAAGAAGCUCUCCUGAAAGAGGAGGAGGAAGAGAAGGAUGUUACAAUACAAAAACAAGUAGAGGGUGAGGCUGUUACCGUGAAAGAAGAAGAGAAAGACGUUUCUGUGGAAGAAAAGGAGGACUCGUUCAGAGUGAAAGAGGAGGAGGAUGUUACAGUAAAAGAAGAGGAAGCGGAGAGAGAGGAGGAUGCAGUUUUUGGAGUGAAAGAGGGGGAAGGUGAGAUGACUGUCACAUCGAAAAAGGAGGAGGAGGACGAAGAGGAGGAAACUGGAUAUCUGGGCCCGGUUUCCCCAACGCUUCUUAAGGCAUCCUAUGGUUCUGACGGUGAACUCAGCCGUAAGAUGGUUUUGAGAAACCGGGCCGUGAUUAACACUAGAGAGAGACGUGACUAUCGUGGAUCCUCUGGGGAGCCUCAACAACAUCAUGAAGCUGACGAGGCAGAGAAGAGUCCCUCCAGAUCAGAACACCUCAAGAAACACCAGUGGAGACCAACAGGGAAGAAAUCUCACUGCUGCUCUGACUGUGGGAAGAGUUACUUAAGAUCAAAUUCACUAAAAGUACACAUGAGAAUUCACACAGGAGAGAAACCUUAUAGCUGUGAUCAAUGUGGAAAGAGUUUUACUACAUCUUGCCAUCGGAUUGUACACCAGAGAACACACACAGGAGAGAAACCUUAUAGCUGUGAUCAAUGUGGGAAGAGUUUUACUCAGUCAAGCAGCCUGUUAUCUCACCAGAGAACACACACAGGAGAGAAAUCUUACAGCUGUUAUCAAUGUGGGAAGAAUUUUACUCAGUCAAGCAACCUGGUAUCACACCAGAGAACACACACAGGAGAGAAACCUUAUAGUUGUGAACAAUGUGGGAAGAAUUUUACUACAUCUAGCCAUCUGACUAUACACCAGAGAACACACACAGGAGAGAAAUCUUAUAGCUGUGAACAAUGUGGGAAGAAUUUUACGACAUCUAGUCAUCUGAUUGUACACCAGAGAACACACACAGGAGAGAAACCUCAUAGCUGUGAACAAUGUGGGAAGAAUUAUACUACAUCUAGCCAUCUGAUUAUACACAAGAGAACACACACAGGAGAGAAAUCUCAUAGCUGUGGUCAAUGUGGCAAGAGAUACUCUGAUAAAAGAUCUCUGAUCAAACAUCAGAAAAUACAUUAAUGAUGGAGUUGUUUCAUGAUAUCAAUGAAUUAAUGUCACAAUGUAGAACACUAAACGUUUGCCCCCUGUUCAAUUGAUUUCUGCAUGAUAUGGAUAUUAGCCUCAGGGGGAAAAUCCAGGCUCUGAAUUGAAAGAGUGAUAUUUAUAUGAUAUAACAGAAAGUGAAUAACACAAAAAGAGCUGUGUUACACUUACAGCAUUGGUGACCCACUUGAAUCAAAAUGUAGCUAGAUGUUUUCUACAAGUUGUCCUCUAACCAGUGAUGUACACAUUAUUCCCAGAUUCCAUGUGGUUUUUGAGCUGUUAGUUUUAACAGGACAAACUCAUCUCCAGACUCUCACGCAAAUGAUUUCAACAUGAUAUCGAUGAGUGGUGAAAAAUAAGUGUUGCGUUCCUUUGUUUAACGACCUCUAAAUUUAAAUGCAUCUCUCCAAAAUGUAGCUGACUGUCUUCUGCAGGUUGUCCUCUAACCAGGGAGGUAAAAUAUAUCUCCCAUUUCCAUGUGUUUUUUUAGUUGUGUUAGUUUCAACAGCACCUACAACCUGAUUUGUCCGCUAACCAGUGAUACAAAUACUUAUUUUUCACCAUAAUUUGCAAAUAAAUUAAUUAAAAA